GGUGAGAUUGGGUUGCGUUGCGCAAGCUCGCAAGCGGCCACCGCGUACACACACACACGCACGCGCGGACACGGAGGACACGGAGGACGUUCGGCGUAAGGAGCAACACGGGGUGUUCUACCCUCCGCGUCGGAUGAUACGCCCCGCGGAGGACGAGUCGGACACCCGCGGGUAUGGAUUUCGCAAAGGAAGAAGCUAGUCUGGUGUAUGAGGAGCGCUUGGGAGUGUCACAUUCACCUGAUCCUCAUGAAGAUAGUGAUGAAGAUGAUGGUCAACGUGAGUUGGAGGAGAUGCUCUACAGUCAUGUGUAUUAUGAUGACACCUCGAUUAAUGCAGCUUCACCUGAAGCUGCCUCCACUUCACCUACCACUGUUGCUAUUUCAAAUAUUGGAACUUCAACAGUGGCUCGCCAAUUAGGUUUUGCCUCAUCUGGAAUUGAUGAGCCAACCACAAGUAUGGGAAGUCUUCAAUUGCAAGCUGGCUGCAAUCGAAGUCAGUUUAACCAUCCUAGUAGGUUUAAAGCAUCUCGCUAUUAUGACAAUGGUAGUAGCAGUAAUUCAAAGUCUACCUUUGUUGCUCCAAGCAACCCUGGUCAAAAAUACAAUCUGAAAACUACAAUAGAAGAUCAGCGUUUUACCAGGCCCUCAGAAUUCACCACUCGGUUAAUGGUUCGGUCAGUUAAAGAAAUAUCUUACAAGCCUAAGGUCUCUGUUAGUUAUAAAGAUGGUGUAAAAACCAUUAUCAAAGAUAACUCCUCUCCAUCCAGAAGCCUGAAUAUGUCAGUGCCUGACCUAUCCAAAGAUAAAACAGCAGCAUCAAUUGAUUCAGCUGGUAAACCUACGCUGACACAGAGUCCUCCCAGCUGCUCUUCCUCCUCUCUAGAAACAUCAACAGAUUCUGACCUUAGCAAAGAAUUGACCACCAGUGAUGAAAGUGGGCAAAAUACUCAUAGUCGAAAAAGUAAUGAAAAGGAUUCAGGUAUUCAAAACAGUGAAACAGGCACCUGUGACAAGGAAAAGGGUGAGGAGGUUUCUACUGUCGUAUCAAAAGAAACGAAAAGCCCCAGGAAAAGGUCUCAUGACUUGCUGUCUGAAAAUUCACCCCGGACCAGGAAAAUAAAACAGCAAAGCUUUGAGGCUAAAGUAUCAAAGGUGCUGUCUUCAAUGUUAGAUGAGGAAAGUAGAUCCUCCAUUGAUGAGGCUCCUACAUCCUUACAUUCCAACCAUAAUCUGCACAAUCUAAAUGCAGACUCAAGCUGGAGUGUUGGUAUGUCAUGGGCAGACAUGUCUUCUAAAUAUAGUUUUGGAGUUGAUUCUAUUGAGGAAGAAAGUGUCAGCAGCCUGCAGUUGCAAGAAGGUUCCUCAAAUGCUGAUAGUCGCACACACACUCCAGACUUAAUUGGAAGAGCUAGCGAAUUGGACAAGGAUGAAGAAACAACAGAAUUUUCUCGAUAUCAAAUCCAACUUAAAGUGCCCGAAAAGGAAACAAGUGCCUGUGAAAGUGAUUCGGAAAGUGAAGUUGGUUCUAUAGUAGAAGUUGCUCCACCAGUCAAACCACCACCUCCUAUUGUUGAUUUGUCAGAUGGAGAAUAUGUUCCAGUGAUAAAUACAAACAAGAAAAGCUUGCCUAACAAAAAGGACAUUACUGUAAUAUUUCCAAAUCAAAAAGAAAAAAGAGGAGAAUUUAUUAUUGAAAGUAGUUCUGAUGAUGAUUUGGUGAUUUUAGAUGUUAUAGAUCAUUCAAAACGUAACGAUGAUGUCCAGCUGAGGGGGCCAACCAAAAGACGCAGUUUUGAGUCAAGUCUUUCUGAACAUUCAACACCUUUUAAACGCCUUGCUGUCUAUCCAACCACAGAUGAAAAUGAGACAUCUGCAGAAGGACAACGCCUCCUUGAAACUGGACGAGCCCUUCUAGAAAAACCCAUCAUACCUAAGGAGAAAAACAAAAUGGACAAUCUUGACCAAUGGCUUCAUAAUCCCAUAAGGUCUUCAAAGUUUCUAGACCAUGGAAAGUUUUUGAAAAAAAUGAGCGAUGACCCUAAGCUCUGGCAAUUAUGUCAAGCUGAUAUAUUUAAUUCUCGAUCAUCUGGCUAUGGGCCUAAAUGUGUAAAUUGCAAUCAAUUUGGACAUAAGGUCAAAUUUUGUCCUGCGCCACGAAAGUUGGUGGUUUGUCACAUGUGUGGAGUACCAGGACAUUCAGAGCCCCGCUGUCCUAAGAAAAUGUGUUUGAGGUGUGGUGAAAAGAGUAACAUUUACACUGAUAAGUGUAAAAAAUGUGUUUCCUUAGAUGCCUGUAAAAUAUGUGAGUCAAAACUACACAAUUGGAAAUCAUGCCCAGAUUUGUGGAGACGGUACCAUUUAACAACGACCUCUGGAGAGAUUUCCAAAUCUGAAUUAGUUGAAGUGCGCCCAAGAAGUGAACAGUGGUGCUCCAAUUGUGCUGGAAAAUAUCAUCUGUCACAUGAAUGUACAAAACCUCAGUGGAAGUGUGACCAAAUCACACCCUAUAUUAGGAGCUAUUUGGAAGUGAAUGAUCAGGAACAGAAGAUAGAGGGACAAACAGAAGUGACUAUGCUGCUUUCUAAAGAUAAUGCUAAUGUGUUAUCAACUCCUGAAGGAAAGGAGUUUCUUGAUAACCUUGCUACAGAAUGUAAAAUUAUCAUCCACAGUAGUCUUGAUGUACAGUACAAAAAACUUGUGCUGGAAGGAACAUCUGUGAAUCUUCAGGAGGCCAGGGAAAAAAUUAUGACGUGGACUAAAAAACAAAAGAUCAUCUUGGCUGAUUCACAGAAAAUGUUGAAGGAGCUGAAACAAGAGCUGAAACCUCCCCGCGAUAUAUGUCCAAAGUUACCCAGUGACCGAGAUAGGCUUAUAACUGUUUUAGAACACCAAUUACAAUUCAUUGAGAAUCCUAGUAUAGGUAUAAAUAUGACAGUUCAGCAGCUUUAUGAUUCUCUCAAAAGUAUGUCGUUUAAUGUUAGGGAGGGACUGAAAUUGAAGAAUUCUGGAGACAAAGCAAAAAGGAAAAAGUACACCCGUCUUCUCAAUAUGGUUCUGGUUGGGAGAUGUGGUAUGAGAGGUGGUGCAGAACGUGUUGCUGAGCUUAAAGCUUGUCUUAAAAAAUUAAAGCAGAAUGUACCUGCAGUGCAUAAAGGUGCAUUCCUUAGCAAUGUGAAAAGACAUUUUUUUGCAGUUUUUGGGUCAAGUUUUGGGGAGCAUUUUGAUGAUCUUGUCAAAGAUUUUUAUGCAAAUGAGGACUUUGUGAAGAAAUUUGACUUUAAGCAAGAUCAGAAUAUAACUACUGACUCUGAAGUAAGCAGCUCUCAAAAGACGCAGCAUGCUAAUCCCAAUGAGAACAUUUCUUGUGUUAAUCCUAAUAAAACAGUUUUUAAAAUAGGGAAAGGACAUACAGAUAGGUUGGCACGUUUUGCUGGUGCGGAUUUCAGUGAUACAAAUACAAAAAGUUCAGGACAGUUUCGUACAAGCAACUUGCUUGCUGUGGAAAAGAGUCUGAGGCAUACUGUGCCACAAGUCAUAGCAAAUUUGUCCUCUAGGUUUAUUGUGUCUCAGGACCGAAAGGAGCUAAGUGAAAUGUUUCAACAAUUUUGCAUACAUGUCAAGAGAAGGUGUGGUAAAAUUGAUAUUCCAGAUGAAAUCAAAAGAAUGAAAGCUCUUGUUGAUAAAUGCAGAACUGUAUGCAAAAAAUACAAAAUCAAAUUAUAAAUUUGAGUCAAAUUUAAUUGCAAGGUGUACUGGAUUAUUGUAUUAAAGCCUUGGUUUAACGGAUUAAGGGAGCAAAACUAGCUUUUUAUCUGCAGUGGUCUGUUUUCUUAUCCAUGAGGACUGAUCUGUCAGAAGUGUUUGUUUUUGUUCUUUUGCUUAUAUACAAUAUGUAGUAGUAAUCUUGGGAACCUCCCCUUUGAGUUGGAAUCAGUUAUAUUUCUGUUGUAAUCCACUGGACUGUGAAAUUCUGAUAGUGCUGAAUUGUGUGCGUCCUAACAGAGCCCGCGCAAUAAAUUUUGGUUAUUACUUUGUUAUA